UAAUCAAACCUUAAAGAAAUAUGACGACGUCCUCGGCUUUAUUACGUUCUUUGUUAAGUUUAUUCUUAAUCGUAAAUCUAUUUGCGCUGCAAGUAUGGGCAGCUGAAAAGGAUUCAAAUAAUUGGUCUUUUUCAUUGGGCAGCGUGCAUUUAUUUGAUAUACCGAAAUUCGGUGGUUCUCUGUCGUUAUUUGGCGCUACGGAACCUAAUGAACGUAGUAGUGCAAAUUCAGUGGAAAAUAGUUAUUCAAAUGAAGUGUCAAUUGAUCCAGAUAUUAUUGAAGAUUCGCUGUUGAAAACGCCGGAUUUAAUAAAAAAAUAUGGUUAUCCAUCGGAAAUUCAUAAUGUUACUACCGAUGAUGGUUAUAUUUUGGAAAUACAUCGCAUUGCAAAUCCAGGCGCCAUACCAGUGUUGUUGACCCAUGGUCUUUUGGAUAGUUCAGCUACAUGGGUGCUAAUGGGACCCAAUAAAGGUUUAGCUUAUCUGUUGCACGACAAAGGUUACGAUGUUUGGAUGACAAAUGUGCGCGGCAACACUUACUCCCGGAAACACAUCAAAUACACCACCAAGCAUGCCGCAUUUUGGGACUUUACAUUUCAUGAGAUGGGAAAAUACGAUUUGCCGGCAACCAUAGAUUAUGUUUUAAAUAUCACCGAUCACAAGCAGUUGCAUUAUAUUGGCCACUCUCAGGGCACCAUGACAUUUUACAUAAUGUGCAGUGAACGUCCGGAAAUGUGUGAUAAAGUCAUGUUGAUGCAGGCUCUGGCACCGGUGGCCUUUAUAAAACAUGCCAAAAGUCCGGUGGUGGAAUUUUUGGCUUUCUUUCAUGAGCCCUUGGCAUUACUUUUAAAAUUAAUUGGAGCCCAUGAGUUUUUACCCAGCAAUGAAUUCAUUACUAUGUUUAAUCAAAUCAUUUGUGAUGAGGAUUCCAUUACCGAGGCUAUUUGUUCGAAUGUCAUGUUUUUGGUGGCCGGCUUCGAUAAGAAACAAAUGAACGAGACCAUGUUGCCGGUGAUUUUGGGUCAUGCACCAGCCGGUGCUGCCACCAAACAAAUGCAACACUAUGGCCAGUUGAAGAGAAGUGGCCAUUUCAGACAAUACGAUUAUGGUUGGAUACGUAAUCAUUGGCGUUAUGAUUCCAUUACACCACCCGACUACAAUUUGGCCAAUGUUCGCGCCAAAGUGGCUUUACAUUAUUCCAUCAAUGAUUGGCUGGCUACGCCCGAUGAUGUGGAAAAGCUACAUCAACGUUUGCCCAAUGUAGUGGGUAAAUUUAAGGUUAAUUAUCCCGAUUUUAAUCAUUUAGAUUUUGUUUGGGGCAUUAAUGCCAGAGAGCUGCUCUAUAACAAAAUGUUAAAACUCAUGGAAAUGAUAGAGAGAGGUGAUUUUUAGUUUAGUUUUAUUAGUUUUUAAGUUUAUUUAUCAAGCUAUGAGAGGAGUUGGGAGGAGUUAUUGCUCCUAGUUAUUUUUAAGCAAUAGUAUUAAGUUUUUUUUUACUAAAUUUAUAAUAGAUGUUUGUAUGUAAAAUAAAGUUUUAAAUUUAAUUUUUAAUA